AAUGAACCACGCCUCGCUCCGCACCGUAAAAGUCCGACGGCCAUAUUGACUGACUGCAUCUCCUUCUCCGCGGUGAAACUGGCUCAGUCGCGUCAUACAUAGCGGGGUGUCUAACGGGAAACAUCUCGGUCUAUUUUGGUCGCGUGGGAUUUAAAGUAGACUACCAGGUGGACAGUUAACCGUUUUCAGAACGCAGUUCAUCAAUUGUGGCGGUGGAGCCCAGGGCGAGGCAACAAGGAGGAGGACGUUUUGUUUGCAUUUUCUCUGCGGAAGGGCAAGGCCGGAGAGAGGAGAAAGAUGCCCAAACCGAUCAAUGUGCGUGUCACCACCAUGGAUGCAGAGCUGGAGUUUGCCAUCCAGCCCAACACCACCGGCAAACAGCUCUUUGACCAGGUGGUGAAGACAGUGGGCCUCCGGGAGGUGUGGUUCUUUGGCCUGCAGUACACAGACAGUAAAGGUUACAGCACGUGGCUCAAACUCAAUAAGAAGGUGACACAGCAGGAUGUGAAGAAGGAGAACCCUCUGCAGUUCAAGUUCAGAGCCAAGUUCUUCCCUGAGGACGUGUCUGAAGAACUCAUCCAGGAGAUCACGCAGAGACUCUUCUUCCUGCAGGUGAAGGAGGCCAUCCUGAACGAUGAGAACUACUGUCCUCCAGAGACAGCCGUGUUGCUGGCCUCCUACUCUGUCCAGGCCAAGUAUGCAGACUACAGCAGAGACGUCCACAAGCCUGGUUACCUCACCUCCGACCGCCUGCUGCCACAGAGAGUGCUGGAGCAGCACAAGUUGACUAAGGAACAGUGGGAGGACAGAAUACAGACCUGGCAUGAGGAACACACAGGCAUGCUCAGAGAGGACUCUGUGAUGGAGUAUCUGAAGAUAGCCCAGGACCUGGAAAUGUAUGGAGUCAACUACUUUGAGAUCAAGAACAAGAAGGGAACCGAGUUGUGGCUGGGUGUGGAUGCACUGGGACUCAAUAUCUACGAACAUGAGGACAAGUUGACACCAAAGAUUGGCUUCCCCUGGAGUGAGAUCAGAAACAUCUCCUUCAACGACAAGAAGUUUGUCAUCAAACCCAUCGACAAGAAAGCCCCAGACUUUGUAUUCUACGCACCACGGUUGCGGAUUAACAAGCGUAUCCUGGCGCUGUGCAUGGGGAACCACGAGCUGUACAUGAGGAGGAGGAAGCCUGAUACCAUCGAGGUGCAGCAGAUGAAGGCCCAGGCCCGGGAGGAGAAACACCACAAACAGAUGGAGAGAGCCCAGCUAGAAAACGAGAAGAAAAAACGAGCGCACGCAGAGAAAGAGAGGGAGAAGAUGGAGAAAGAGAAGGAUGAGCUGAUCGAGAGACUCAGACAGAUUGAGGAACAGACGCUAAAGGCCCAGAAAGAGCUGGAGGAUCAGACACGCAGGGCCCUGGAGUUGGACCAGGAGAGGAAGAGAGCGAAGGAAGAGGCAGAGAGGUUGGAGAAAGAGAAACAGGCAGCAGAGGAGGCCAAAGCAGAGCUGGUUAAACAGGCUGCUGACCAGAUGAAGAACCAGGAACAACUGGCCGCUGAGCUAGGAGAAUUCACCGCCAAAAUCGCUCUGCUUGAAGAGGCCAAAAGGAAAAAGGAAGAGGAAGCGACAGAAUGGCAACACAAAGCCAUCUCAGCCCAGGAGGACCUGGAGAAGACUAAAGAGGAGCUGAAGUCUGUGAUGUCAUCACCCCCGGCGCCAGAGCACGAUGAGCAGGAUGAGACGAAUGCUGAGGGUAGCACCGAGCUGCACAGUGAUGGGGUCACCAGCCACCACAGCGAGGAGGAACGUGUCACAGAGGCCCAGAAGAACGAACGCGUCAAGGAACAGCUGCAGGCUCUGAGUUCAGAGUUGGCCCAGGCGAGGGACGACACCAAGAAGACCCAGAAUGACAUGCUACAUGCGGAGAACGUGAAGGCUGGGAGGGACAAGUACAAGACCCUGCGUCAGAUCCGCCAGGGAAACACCAAGCAGCGCAUCGACGAGUUUGAGUCCAUGUGAGAGACCUCGCCCUCCCACCCUUGCAUUGCCACGACAACGGCUCGUUUUUGUGUACAGCAAAACGUGCCCGUUCCCGUCCCAUUCCCCCAAAUCCCUACUUGCAAAAAGGCCAGAGGUGUGUGGAUUCAAUGUCCCGCCAACUAUGCCUUGCCAAAGCUCUGCCCACUAGCGGAUGGCCAAUCAAACUGCUCCAUGCUUAGAGCUCUGCCUAACCACAUCUGGACUCGCCUAAUCUGGAAUGGCAAGCAACAUACUGUCGAAGAGAAUUUCUCCAUGAACAAAGGAUAAUUUUAAUGCUUGCAUGUCUGAUGUAAGAAUGGAUAGAGAAAUUGGUUGAUAUCUUGCUUUCAUUGAGAGGGAACAAUUGCAGUUUAACUUUUGGAUGUCGCUGGCCAGCUUGUAUGUAAAAGCUUUAAAUACCGUACCUUACGUUUAUUUGUUUGCCAUUAGAUUAAGAAUUUUAAUAGUUUUCUUUUUUUAACGAAACAGCCUUAUUUGUCUCAUUUAAUUUCGGCUUCAUAUUUAACUGUGGUGAGUUAGCUGUGCUCUAGUCAGUCAUGGGUCAGCUGAUGUUGAACCAGUGGUUUAAUUCCUCCAGAAUUUGACAACAGCGUUUAUCUGUCCUCCCAUUCUUCUACCUAUACCUUUGUGUCGUUUAUCGUCAAUUGAAGCAUUUACCAUUUAUUUAUUUUCGUUCACAAUAAAGAUUCCAUGUAUGUCUCUUAUUUCCAGUCAGUCAAAGUGUUCAUCCCCAGGUUGAACGAGGUAAAACCAAAUUGGAGGGAGGCAGCAGUGCAUUAUUAUAUGGAUAGAGUGAUAUGAGGAACUGUUAAUUUUGAACAUUCCAGAUUCAUCACCUUCCAGACAUGUAAGAAUGGGGAAAAUAAAAGAAGCACAAAACCGCCCUAGCCACGUUGGUUUUCUAAAUCAAGGUUAUGUAAGGAAUGAUCAGGUCAGCCACCUCCUUGAAUUUACAACUGGUGUUGUUCCUGGUGAAAGAAAAAAAAACUGUUAUUAAAUUGUAAAUAUCAAUUGUUUUAUCCUUAAUGUCAAUCGAUGUACAACAAUGAACUUUACUAACCUUUAUCAUCUUCAGUUACAACUUUGAACCCAUUAAUCAUUAGUUAAAAACAUUUAAAAAAUAAAAAUGUAAUGUUGUAGUAACCUUUCCAGAGAUAUUACCUUUCAUACAGUGUUGUAGAAAGAUGACGACACAUUAUAGGCUAUUCAUUCAACUUUAU